CGGUCCCUGAACCCAAAGAAGCAAGAUCCUAUCCUGUCCUUUUCCACUCCAGGGUUCGUAUUGAGAAAGAAGCAAUUGCGAUUCAAUUACUAUUUCGCAGCUCAACAGCCUAAACCGACGAAACUUUACUGUCUGACAUCUCCAUUGCAAGCUGUAUCCCAGACAAAUCACAAGCCAAGCAAAGGGUUCAAUUGACCACCUCGGUAAGUACCUCUAUCCCUAGCUGACACCCAUUGUCCUCGGAGCUCUCCUAUUGGGCAGCUUACCCUUGCGUGCCUGGCGAUUAGCCAAUCGGAGAACGUAUAGUUGGCGGCCGUUCAAUUCCCGGACAUACUUCGUAACUCCUCGCGGCUGCGAAAGGGAUGGUUGAUCCGAACUGAUCUUGGUUGUCCGAGACCUCAAGCUGACGUGAACUUGUCGAACAACAACAGAUCGUUCUGUUUCGACCACCAAUAUCCUCGUUGACAGCGCCAACUUCGUAUUCAUUUGCAGCAUCAGCUCAACUUGAUUGACCACCAGCGCUUCUGUCAGGCAGCAAUAAGAGCCAUUACAUUACGUUCGAACGCACGACACUGGAACGACUCCAUAGUCCCCCACCUCCUCUAGCGAAGAAGCGCCCUACUGCCUUGGUCAGGCCUCUUUCCUAAACCAAACUAUCCGUCAUGUCUGUCGCUGUCCCUCCGGGCUCGCCUGCUCCCACGCUGGAGAAGUUGGAGAAGAAGCCCGUAAAGUUCUCCAACUUGCUCCUGGGAGCUGGUCUCAACAUGUUCGAGGUCACCACUUUGGGCCAGCCCCUCGAGGUCGUCAAGACCACGAUGGCUGCCAACCGUGGUGAUGGCUUCACAACUGCUCUUGGACGUAUUUGGGGUCGCGGUGGCGUACUCGGCUUUUACCAAGGACUCAUCCCCUGGGCCUGGAUUGAGGCCUCUACCAAGGGAGCCGUUCUGCUCUUCGUAGCGUCGGAAGCCGAAUACUACGCCCGCUCUUACGGCGCGUCUGAGUUCGGAGGUGGCAUCGCCGGUGGCGUGACGGGUGGUGUUGCUCAGGCAUACGCCACCAUGGGUUUCUGCACUUGCAUGAAGACGGUCGAGAUCACCAAACACAAGAUGGCGGCCACCGGGCAGGCCCCCCAGGGCACGUGGGCCACUUUCAUGGACAUCUACCGCCGCGAAGGUAUCCGUGGCAUCAACAAGGGUGUCAACGCCGUCGCAAUCAGGCAGAUGACCAACUGGGGCUCGCGCUUCGGUCUCUCCCGUCUGGCGGAGCAGGGUAUCCGCGAUGUCACCGGCAAGAAGCACGGUGAGAAGCUUAGCGCCUGGGAGAAGAUUCUCGCAUCCUCCCUCGGUGGUGGCUUGAGCGCAUGGAACCAGCCCAUCGAGGUCAUCCGUGUGGAGAUGCAGAGCAAGAAGGACGACCCCAACCGACCCAAGAAGAUGACUGUUGGCAACACCUUCAAGUACAUCUACCAGACCAACGGUAUCAAGGGUCUUUACCGUGGCGUCGCACCUCGUAUUGGUCUUGGUGUCUGGCAAACCGUCUGCAUGGUUGCUCUUGGUGAUAUGGCCAAGACUUAUGUCGAGAAGGUGACCGGUGAAAAGGUUACCGCCAAGCACUAAACCUUGGAUCGACCAGCUGGAUGCUGAGGAUGGUUGAGCGUGUGUUCAACCAUCCGAGAAAAACACCGGGAGCUGUGGUAGGGAAAUUCGUUGUCUGUUGGCACCACUAUACACUGGUGGACGAUAUAUGUACAUGGUUCCAGGCUAUGUAGCUUGCUUGUUUUGUCCUUGUUCGUUGCCUACCAUUGGCUUUCUCUUGUAAUUUCAUCGCUAUACAAAUUUUCGGUAAUAGGGGCUGAUCUAGAGAGCUGCGCAAAAUAGACGGAGUUGAGGUUUAUUUCCAUGAUUAGAUGCACAUGAGUUGUCAUC